ACAGUUUGUUUACAAAUACGAACUACACGGCUCUGGAGGCUGUGGCCCCACAGCAAUUUAACACCAUCACCCGACACCCGCCUGAGGAUUUGACUGAACAUAGUCCAGGACCCCCACUGCCCAUGGUGCCCCACACAGCCUGACACACCGGAAUCCUUCCUGCUUCACUGCCUAAGGUUCCACUCCCUCCGCACCAACCUCAAAUGAUCCUUAACCAGACUCCACAUCCACAGGCCAACUCUAGAGGACCUACUAGGCAGCGACACCCUCACCCCCAACACAGCCUUCCAAGCCCUCAAGUGUAACAAAUGAAAAGAAAAUAGAAAAGCAGUGUCAAUGGAAGCAAAGUGUACAGAAACAGAGUUUAGUGCAGGGUGAAGUAUAUAAGUGUACACAGUGAAGUAACUAAGAAUGUGUAGUGAAGUAUCUUAAGUGUGGAGAAGCACCAAGGAGGACCUAAGAAGCGAUACAAAGCGGAGCAGAUCAAAAGAAGAAGAAAAAGAGAACGGAAAAACAAGCGUGUCCGAUGCGAAAGAAAAGGACCAGAGGACAGCGCUCCCCAAUGAGAAAAGUAUACAGGAUGAGUUGAUCCUCCCCCCCCAUGGUAUUUUGGGAGAGGAAGGGGUCAAGAAGUACAGGAAAUGGUGCUAAAGGAAGAGGGAGAGUUGAUGGUGAAGCCCAAGUGGACAAGAGUACUGUGGAAGAAACAGCCUUUCCCAGACAACUAUGUGGGUGACUCUUUCUUAAGAGUGAGCAAGAAGAGGAAGGAAUUGUCACUCUUUGAAGCUUGUUAUGGAGCAUUAUCAGUCACUCAGGAAAUAUGCAGCUGCCUUGGUCUAGUGGUCCUCUUUUUUGGCAUAUCAGAAGGCCACCUCAACUCUAAAAAUGUUUUGGCUGUGACUGCUGGGGUGGGGGUGGCAGGCUACCUCAUCACCAGAACCAAGCUCACUGCCUCAGUAUGGUUUGACUUGAAAGUGGUUUGUUUUUGUGUGAUUCUGAUUGCGUGUGCGUCGCCCAUCAUCAAGAGCCUAACAGGAAGCGUUGCCACAGACUCCAUCAAUGCCUCCACAACAUUCCUCUUGCUCCUCCGCCUGGCUGUCCAUGACUAUGGAACAGAAGUAGCAAUAGUGAACCCGACAGUGUCCCACAAUGUUGGUCUGUUUGCCUCAGUCUGUUUGGCAUCCAGACUGGAGAAUGACCUUGAUGUCUUCACCCUGAUGACUGUGGCUGUGGCUCUCUUCACACUCCUCCCAAGCUUCAGGCGCUACCAUCAGAAUCAGCUGGGAAAGUGGUGGCACAUGGCAUCAACUGUGGUGGUGGUGGUACUCACAGCAUUAGGAAUAGUGUCAUUUGCUCCUCACCUCCUGCUGCUGUUUCUGAUUGCACUGUUUGUCUGCAACCUCUUUGUUCCAGUGAUGUACAUCUCCCUCCAGGGUUAUAAACAGAAUAUCUAUGGACCAUGGGAUGAAGCACAGAUAGAAGACAGAUAGAAAGUCAUUCGAACAAGAUACACCAAUUAUUUCCUGUUACAUUGAAAGCUUAAGAGAUAUAAAAGGUUUAAUGAAA